AUGUCGCUCGGUGGUGGAGGACCCAUCGUCGACGCGGCAGGCGCGCUGCGCGGCUUUGUGCGGGAAGCGGGCGGGUGCGCGGUGGUGGACGGGGGCCUCGGCACGCAGCUGGAGGCGCACGGCACGGACCUGCACGACGCGCUCUGGAGCGCCAAGUGCCUCGCCUCCGCCCCGCAUCUCAUCCGCAAGGUGAAGCACCAGUCCACCACCGCGACGGCCGUUAAGCACCAGUACACCUACACGAUGCACAGAGGGUUCAUCUGGACUUACGUCGAAGCAGGCGCGGAUGUCAUAAUCUCGGCGCCCUACCAGGCCACGAUCGAGGGGUUCCAGUCGAGGGGCUACUCCCGGGACGAGAGCGAGGAGCUGCUGCGUCGUAGCGUCCACGUCGCGCAGGAGGCGCGCAGAGUCUUCGUGGAGGGCGACAGCCGCAGGUCGCGCGGCGAGCGCCCGCCGGUGCUGGUGGCGGCCUCCAUCGGGAGCUACGGGGCGUACCGGGCAGACGGCUCCGAGUACAGUGGGGAUUAUGGCAAAUCGGUCACGAAAGAAGCGCUCAAGAACUUCCACAGGAGGCGGCUGCAGGUGCUGGCAGGCGCGGGGCCCGACCUCAUCGCCUUCGAGACGAUCCCAAACAAGCUCGAAGCGCAGGCCUACGCUGAGCUCCUGGAGGAGAACGGCAUACGGAUCCCGUCCUGGUUCUCUUUCAGUUCCGAGGAUGGGGUUCACGCGGCGAGCGGAGACCCGAUCACCGAGUGCGCGGCCGUUGCUGAUUCCUGCCAGAGGAUGGCCGCGGUCGGAGUGAACUGCACUGCUCCCAGGCUCAUCCACGGUCUUAUUCUCUCCAUCAAAAAGGUGACGAGCAAGCCAAUCGUCGUGUAUCCGAACAGCGGGGAGACGUACAUCGCCGAGACGAACGAAUGGUUGGUGCGCUUCUUCGAUAACGUAGCCUUUGGCACCAACAGUUGUGACAACAAAAAAAACUUCGGGUUGGUCCUCACGCGUUGCAGCCUUGCAGGACUCGGACGGCGCGGCGGGAACGGACUUCGUGUCGAGCGUCGGCGAGUGGAGGUGGGCGGCCGCCGCGCUCAUCGGAGGGUGCUGAAGGACGAGAGCCCGGCCACGGUGCGGGCCAUUGCGCGGGCGGUGCGCGAGGCGGAUGCCGACGAAUACCAUGACAUCCCUGCUGUGGCCGUGCUCUAG